AUGGCAGCCCCGGUGAAAGCAGCUCUGGCUCUCCUGGUUCUCACCGUGGCAACUGCCUUGUGUGCGGAGGUGGAGGAGCGGCUAGUGAGUCACCUGUUGUCACCGGAGCGCUACAACAAGCUGAUCAGACCGGCCGUCAACAACAGCCAGCAGGUCACCAUUUACAUCCAGGUGUCUCUAGCUCAGCUGAUCAAUGUGAAUGAGAGAGAGCAGAUCAUGACCACCAACUGUUGGCUCUCUCAGGUGUGGAACGACUACAGAUUAAUGUGGGAUCCUGAACAGUAUGAGGGAAUCAAGAAAAUCCGACUCCCGACACAACACAUCUGGCUGCCAGACAUCGUCCUCUAUAACAAUGCUGAUGGGACCUAUGAAGUCUCAUUCUACUCCAACGCGGUGGUCUCCAACAACGGUGAAGUGGCCUGGCUCCCACCAGCUAUCUACAAGUCGGCCUGCAAAAUCGAAGUCCGCGAUUUCCCCUUUGACCAGCAGAACUGCACCCUCAAGUUUCGCUCGUGGACCUAUGACCACACAGAGAUCGAUCUCAUCCUCCUCAGUGACUAUGCCUCACGUGAUGACUUCAAACCCAGCGGCGAGUGGGAUAUUGUUUCACUGCCUGGACGCAAGAAUGAAGACCCUAAUGAUAUCCGAUACCUGGAUAUCACCUAUGACUUUAUAAUCAAGAGGAAACCUCUGUUCUACACCAUCAAUCUGAUCAUUCCCUGCAUCCUGAUCACGUCUUUAGCUAUUCUGGUCUUCUACCUUCCAUCAGACUGUGGUGAGAAGAUGACUCUUUGUAUCUCAGUGCUCCUGGCCCUGACUGUGUUUUUACUCCUUAUCUCAAAGAUUGUGCCACCCACGUCUCUAGCAGUGCCUCUGAUUGGGAAGUACCUAAUGUUUACGAUGGUGCUGGUCACCUUCUCCAUCGUCACCAGCGUUUGCGUGCUCAACGUGCACCAUCGGUCCCCCAGCACACACACCAUGCCUCCUUGGGUCAAGCGAGUCUUCCUGUACCGGCUCCCCUCUUUCCUCUUCAUGCGGAGACCUGGUAGGUCCAACAUUCGUGAGCGGUUCCGGAAAAAACACCAGAAGCAAAGCCAGAAGCUGUGUGGAGCAGACGGCGGGGCUGGAAGCUCUGCAGGAAUGGCAGAUUCUUCCUCGUCCUACUUCAUCAAUGAGGACUCAGCCAAACGCUACGGCUGGAAGAACUUGUCCGAGAACACGGAGUUCAGGAGGAGGAUGACGCUCAAGUACAACAUUGAUGUGGAGGAUGCAGUGGAUGGGGUGCGCUACAUCGCUGACAAGAUGAAGACUGAGGAUGAUGAUGAGGGGAUCAUCGAGGACUGGAAAUACGUGGCCAUGGUGAUCGACCGUCUCUUCCUGUGGAUCUUUGUGUGUGUUUGUGUGGUCGGGACACUGGGCCUCUUCAUGCAGCCUCUGUUCCAAAGUUACAACACUCCCAUUGUAGAUGACGUGGAGCAUAACUGA